CUAAGGCAAUGAAUUCCUACGGCACAUGAUGAUCUCUCAUCGAUCCGGUGCCUUCAGCGAUGAUGAUGUCGGUGAGAACGUGGGGUACGUCAGGCUAUCAACAAACCCGAAAUGCCGGAGCAUUGUACACGACCACCGGUACCGCUCUCUUCUCUACUCUGACCGACAUCAAGUACGGAAUCCUCCAAUAUGGCUACUGGCAGAAGGACCUUCAUCAUCGGUGGUGGCUGCACUGCGUUCAUCAAGCCUCGGGCGACGAGGACCACUGAAGACAUGGGUCUUGAGGCAGCUACGAAGGCUCUCCUUGAUGCUGGGAUAACAUACGAUUCCGUGGAGAUCGCAUGUGUGGGUUAUUGUUAUGGAGAUUCUACAUCAGGACAGAGGGCCCUGUAUAAUCUUGGAUUGACGGGUAUACCUAUCAUCAAUGUGAACAACAACUGUUCUACCGGGUCGAGUGCGCUAUACCAAGUGAACAAUGCCGUCAAGUUCUCGCAAGCGGAAUGCGCGCUGGCUUUAGGCUUCGAGCGAAUGAAGCCCGGUAGUUUGGGGACUAACUUCCCUGAUAGGCCUAGUCCGACUGUUUUGUUUAAUGAUCGCUCCUUGGAGCUAGAAGAAAAAUACCUGGGUAAAAAUCAUGGUCCUGGGGCUCCAAGACUCUUUUCGAACGGCGCAAAAGAGUAUUUCGACAAGUAUGGUGGCGGGAUUGAACAUUUGGCGCAGAUUGCGUCGAAGAAUCAUAAGCAUUCGCUCAACAAUCCAUACUCACAAUUUAGAGAUGGAUGGAGCGAAGAACAGAUCCUGAAGGCUCCGAAGAUUACGAACGAGCUCACAAAGUUCAUGUGCAGUCCUACAUCGGACGGCGCCGCUUGCUGCAUUGUCGCGUCAGAAGACUUUGUUCACUCGCAUGGAUUGGAGAACCAAGCUAUCGAGAUCGUUGCUUCUUCGCUGAUGACAGACAUCCCUGACGCCUUUGAAAGCACGAGCGCGAUGGAAGUUAUUGGCUAUGGAAUGACCAAGAGAUGCGCGGAUAAGGUUUUCAAGGAUGCGGGAUUUAAAGAAGGCCAAGGUAGGGAUCAAGUGGGGGUCGUAGAGCUGCAUGACUGUUUUGCUGCCAAUGAGCUGAUCACCUAUCCUGCUCUCGGAUUGUGUCCUAAAGCAGAAGCACAUAAGAUGGUCGAGCGUCACGACAACACUUAUGGCGGAAAAUACGUUAUCAAUCCUAGCGGAGGACUUGAAGCGAAGGGACACCCGCUAGGCGCUACCGGUCUUGGAAUGCAUUUUUACAUUACAAUGCAACUGCGUAACUGGGCAGGACCCAUGCAGGCGCCGGGUCUAUUCGACACAGCUGACAAGCGCGGGAAGUACGGGCUGGUACACAACCUGGGGCUUGGGGGAGCGGUGGUAAUAUCGCUUUUACGACGUCCGGAAUUCUACAGAGAGGGAGGACCUGAUGGUAGGACGAGGUUGGGUUACAACCAUGCGCAUAUAUGCAAGCCAGUAAUGAUGCAGGAUGUGGAAAAGGUGAAGUCUAAAACUUCGUCUCGAUACAUCUUGGAGCAUGCCAAACUUUGAAGGGCUAAUUGUUGUGUUAUCACCAUUAGCUAUGUACUUUCAAUUAACAUUAGUAUCUUACCUGCCAGAGCAUGAUGAAGGUUGUCGUGUUUUCCAAUGUGAAUGUCUGAUGAAGAUAAAGAUGGAUUUUUUGAGGGGAGAAAGAAUGCACGCACUGUCAA